AUCAGUGCAGAGGAAAUCAAGGACAACAGAGUAGUGAAUUUUGAGAUGGAGGCCAGAAAACUGGACAAAAAGGAUUUCUUUGGAAAAUCAGACCCCUACCUGGAAUUUUACAGGCAGACGGAAACAGGCUGGCAGCUUGCUCUGAGAACUGAGGUGGUGAAGAAUAACUUGAAUCCUUGCUGGAAGCCUUUUAAAAUCCCUCUACGGUCUCUCUGUGCAGGAGACAUGCAGAAACCAAUCAAGAUUGAAUGUUACGAUUAUGACAACGAUGGAUCUCAUGAUUUGAUAGGGAUUUUUGAGACCAAUAUGAUGCGUCUGCAAGAGGCAUCCCGCAGCGCUCCAGCAGAGUUUGAGUGCAUAAACAGCAAAAAGAAACAGAAGAAGAAAAAUUAUAAGAACUCUGGAGUCGUGAGUGUGAAGGUUUGUCAGAUUACCAGGGAAUACACCUUUUUGGACUACAUCAUGGGAGGCUGCGAGAUAAAUUUCACUGUGGGCAUAGACUUCACAGGGUCAAAUGGUGACCCCAGGUCACCUGAUUCUUUACAUUACAUCAGUCCUCAAGGUGUGAAUGAAUAUCUCUCAGCCAUCUGGUCAGUUGGCCUCGUGGUCCAGGACUAUGACAGGUACAAGGACACUAGCAAUAUAUUUAUUCAUCAGACUAUCAAUUCUUCUAAAGAGGAGCUCGCUAAGUGUGUCCUGGCGGAGGUUCCUGGUCAGGUCGUCACCUUCUUUAACAUGAUGAAGCUCCCGCCUCUGAAGUCAAACACUCCAGUGGACGCUCCAAAUGGGCCGACACAGAACUGAAGGACCUGUGAACUUCCUUCAUACCACAUACAACUCCACAACUGGACAUCAUCAACCUACUUAUCUAACGUUAGGCCUUCUUAAAGAGAUAUAGCACUAGAUACAUGUGGUUUGUGUUGCUUUAAAUGUCAGUUAUUCCUUUAUUUACUUUUUAAAAAUCAUUUUAUAUUCAUUCACAUGUUUUCUUCUGCCAAAUGAUCUUGCAACGGUCUAUUAUAGAGCUUGUUUGGACUCAAGUAUCCUACUCUAAAUGAUCAGUUAUUGAAAAAAAAAAAAUCGGGAGGGAGUUUAAGUUUAAAGUCAACCUUGUUAGUGUUGCAGGUGAGAUGACCGAAUGGUAUGAAGGCAUUUUUUUUAUCUCCAGUGUCAUUCCCACUAACUCCUUACAAAAUAGUUUACAGUCAGCAUUAUCUCAUAAAUAUUUCAUGUCAUUAUCAUUCUUUACAUCUUAUAUUUUUAUAUCUGUAUAUGUUUUUUAAUCAGUGCCUCACAAAGACAUUUCUUCAUAUAUCUAAUGCAUUAUUCCAAAUUGACCACAUUAAUGUGCAUGAUAAUAUGCAGUUCCUAU